UGCGCAUCUCACCGACCGGGAAUACCGAUUUCUGAACAUUUCGGCCUUUUCCCCGCUGCACCGUAAGCUGUGUUUUCCUGCGAGCUGUUGCAAAGGGGACCGGGUUGCAUUGGCGGGGAGGGGGACAUUGGGCCGGGCAGUGUUCUGACAGACGGAGAUGACACUCAUCCAGAAGGAACCGUGUUUGUUUUGUAUGGCAAAAUGAGGCAGGGGGUGGAGAGUCGCCACAGAGACGCUGGGCUCCGGCCAAACAUCUCCGCAUUUUAGCACUUAUUCGAUCCUCGGGAUUUGCAUUGCAUUGCAUUUGCUGCAUCGUCGACCGGCCAUAUUUCUGCAAAGUGCAUGGUGGAAAAUGCAGCUCGUUUGAGGACAUCCCCCCUCUAGAUACCCGUUGCUGCCAUGACAGGCAGAUGUCUCCUCUCGACCGCGGCUCGGCCGGCUGGAGAAGAGGCAGAUUGAUUGGGGACGGUGGGUCGCAUCUGCGGAUGUUAUUCGGUCUGUGGAGCCUGUGAAUAUCAUCCGCGCAAACACACCUUGAUUCUCACUCAGGGAAAGAGGAGAGAGAAAACAUGUCUUCUCGGUCUGCAUUACCGUCUGGAAACGACAGGAGUACUGGAGACCAUCAUGUGUCGCUGGGGGCCAGCCGCACAGACAAGGCCACCAGCCAGUCCAGCCGCUCACUGGGGGCCCGUAGCAGGAACUCUAUCGCCUCCUGCUCUGACGAGCAGCCGCACAUCGGCAACUACCGCCUACUCAAGACCAUCGGCAAGGGAAACUUUGCCAAGGUCAAGCUGGCCCGCCACAUCCUGACAGGCAAGGAGGUUGCAAUAAAAAUCAUUGACAAAACUCAGUUGAACCCAACAAGCCUACAAAAGCUCUUUCGGGAGGUACGAAUAAUGAAAGGCUUAAAUCACCCUAACAUAGUGCAGCUGUUCGAGGUGAUCGAGACAGAUAAGACCCUUUACCUUAUCAUGGAGUACGCCAGUGGAGGUGAAGUGUUUGACUACCUCGUUUCUCAUGGGAGAAUGAAGGAAGUUGAAGCCAGAGCCAAAUUUCGACAGAUUGUUUCUGCUGUCAACUACUGCCACACGAAGAACAUUGUCCACAGAGAUUUGAAGGCGGAGAACCUUCUGCUGGAUGCCGACGCCAACAUCAAGAUCGCCGACUUUGGCUUCAGCAAUGAGUUCACGCUGGGCAACAAGCUGGACACGUUCUGUGGCUCGCCGCCCUACGCUGCCCCGGAGCUCUUCCAAGGCAAGAAGUACGACGGGCCCGAGGUGGAUGUCUGGAGUCUCGGAGUCAUCCUUUACACGCUGGUCAGCGGCUCCCUGCCCUUUGAUGGGCAGAACCUGAAGGAGCUGAGGGAGCGUGUGCUGAGGGGAAAGUACCGCGUUCCCUUCUACAUGUCCACAGACUGUGAGGGGAUCCUCCGCCGUUUCCUGGUGCUAAACCCCUCCAAACGCUGCACCCUGGAUCAAGUCAUGAAGGACAAGUGGAUUAAUACAGGAUAUGAGGGGGAUGACCUGAAACCCCACAUAGAACCUGUCGAAGAUUUCAGUGAUGCAGCUCGCAUAGAGGUGAUGGUGGGGAUGGGAUUCACUCCAGAGGAGAUCAAGGACUCUCUGCUUAAUCAGAAAUACAAUGAAAUCACUUCCACCUACCUAUUACUGGGCCGUAAAGGCGAUGAGGCCACUGAGGCUCGCACAGCCAGUAGCCUGUCCCUGGCAAGAGUUCGACCCAGCCCCAUCACCAACGGGACCAACAAGCACUCUUCAGCCACCGGCACAUCCUCCUCCUCCUCCACCUCCUCCUCCUCACAUAGCAAGACUCAGCGCAGUGCCUCCACCUAUCACAGGCAGCGGAGACACAGCGACUUCUGCGGGCCGUCCAUGCCCGUCAUGCACCCCAAGAGGAGCCCGACUAGCACGGGUGACCGCGAGCUGCGGGAGGACCGGAUGCCUUCACGUAAGGCCAGCUGCAGCGUGAUGGGGAGCCACAGCCUCCCCCCCUCUAGCCCUAUGGUCAGCAGUGCCAACAACCCAAACAAGUCUGAGAUCCCAGACCGCCGCAAAGACAUGACUGCCACCACGAAUAACAUCCCUGGAAGCGCCAUGACGCGCAGGAACACGUACGUGUGCACCGACCGCUCAGGCGCUGACAGACACUCUCUCCUGCAGAACGGCAAAGAAAACAGCUCCCUGAGCCACCGCCUGCCUGCAGCAUCUCCCUCCACGCUCAGCAUCUCCGGCGCCGGAGCAGCCUCCUCCUCCUCCUCUUCGGACCGAUGCCGUCUGACCCGAGGCUCCACCAUCCGCAGCACCUUUCACGGGGGACAGCUGAGGGACCGUGGGACCCCGGUCUACUCAGCCCCGCCUACUUCACCCACCCUGUCCCACCAUGAAGCCAGCCCUCUGCCACACGCCCGAACCAGGGCCACCUCCAACCUCUUCACCAAGUUAACCUCCAAACUCACCCGCAGGGUCACAAAUGAAUCUGAGGGAAUCAGGAGAUUUGCGGUCACAAGUUGCCAUCUACCUGGGUAUCAAAAAGCGUCCGAGCCCCGGGCCGUCGGACGUGGCUGGGAUCUGAGGGGAGGUGUGCGGCGGGACCCUGCGGAGGUGGUUCUGGCUCUGCGGGAGGCGGCGCUCGGGUGUGGCUGCCAGGUCCACCACGCCGGCCCCUUCCUGCUUUCCUGCAGCCAUGGCGUGGCAGGGGGCCGUGUUGCUUUCGAGGCCGAGGUGUGCCAUCUUUCCACAGGCACCUCUGAGACUUCAAACGGGGUGCGCUACACGCGACUCUGGGGGACACCGCUAGCUUUUCGGGACAUUGCCACCCAAAUCUCUAAGGACCUUGAACUUUGAAUGGUGGAUGUGGUUUGAGUGUGUGUUUUCGCGUGAAUGAGGGUUGAUGUGACUGUGCUAGGGGAGGGGGGUUGGAAAUAUUGGAGAAUAUAAUAGGCGAGGGGCUGGACCCGGAAGAAAAGACUUUGUCUCUUUCAUGACUACCCCCCCCCCUGCACACACACACACACACACACACACACACACACCUGGCCCGUAAAGUCACACAGACUGAGGCACCCCCCUCCAUCCAAUCACCCCCCAGCUCAGCCGACUGAGCAACUGCACCUACUGGACCUGGAUCAGACGGAUAGUUGAAUAUUUUUUAUUGGUAUUCUAGCCAUAAUGACUCUUUAUUUUGUUAUUUAUUGCUCUGGUCUUCGUUUUUACCCACUGUCACAUUCACGAAACAUCAUCUCCUGACCAGCCAUCUCCUUCUUUUAACUUCUUCUUUUAUACGUCACAACAUUUUACCACUAACCAAUGAUUAUAUGCUGACUCGUCAUCACCUGGGGACAACAAGACGCACAAACGUGGAUAUGGUCCGACUCAGUGAUCACACAGUAGGCGCACAGGGUUGCAUUGCUCCGAUUAGCGAACCUACAUCAGUGAUGAGUGCACUGGAUUAAGGUCAGUGGGAGAGGGGGUGACAGGACUUUGAAAUAGCCAAUCACAGGGGCAUCUUCUUUUUCAUGAACCAAUAGAAUACCGUUACUCAAUCACAUUAGCUUCUCUUUAUGGGAAUAACAGAAAUGUAAAUUAAGGAAACAAGCCCCAUGGUUUGCAAAAUCAUUAUACAAUCAAGAAAAAGAGGACAUUUUGGUGCCAUUCUUUCUACACUGAUAUCACAAUUAAAUAUAUACAGCUGAUAUGGCUAAACCGUAUAAGGUCAGAGGUGGAAGAAGUACUCAGAUAUUGUACUUGAGUAGAAGAAAAGUAGAAGUACCAGAGUGUAGGAAUACUCUGUUACAAGUAAAAGUCCUUCAUUCAAAAUGUUACUCAAGUAAAAAUAAAUACUUAAAGUACCAAAAGUAAAAGUACUCAUUCUGCAGAUUGGCCCAUUUCAGUUUAAUAUACAUUAUUUAUUUUAAUUAUAAUUGUUGAUGCAUUAAAGUGUUAUCAUAGCUGGUAAAGGUGCAGCUAGUUUUAAUGACUUUUUAUACUGCAGGGUAGCUUGUAAAUUUACUCCAGGUGUAACUAAUGUCUGAUUUAAGUGUUGAUUAUAUUUCACAUCAUUAAUCCAAAUUUGCAAAGUAAUUAAAUGCAUUUAGUGGAUUCAAAUUACACCAUUAGAAGAAGUAAAAGCAUCAAUUUAAAUACUGAAGUAAACUGCAAGUCUCUCAACAUUGUAUCUAAGAACAGUACUUGAGAAAAUCUACUUAAUUACUUUACACCACUGCCUAGUGUUGUAUAAAUCCUUCAUUGUAUGCCUUUUCUCAUAAAGAAUACAUACACAGGUGCUUCUCUCUAAUUGGCUGGGUUCAUUGUCCGUCAGCACCAGUCAGUAAGACUUGGUUAAAGCAUUUAGACUUGAUGACCCCUCCCCCCUUUUUCAUCUCAUACCUUUCUUCAAAAGCAUUUUACUGCAGAUGUGUCAUACUUUAGGAUAUCUCUCUAAAUGGAAGCCCUCCACUGUUUAAGGUGAUUUAAACACACGUGGUGGGUGUGCAGACCACGCCCUCGCCAGAUCCGUAAAUUCUCCCUCCUUAGAAUAACUGAGGUUCUAUAGUGUUGGUUUGUUAUCAGUGGAAUACUUUACUUCUGCUAUGUGCCAUGUGAUCCCACCACGGUCUUCUCAGUAUGUUGAUGGGAAACACCAGAAGCAAACAGCGAGACCUCCCAGAUCACACACCUUUACACACACACACACAGAGAAACAUGCACCUGUAAUGUCCACCCUCUUCUUUCGGUGUCUGGUCUGCAGGAGGGGGGGGGGGGGGGUUCUGAAUCCGGUAAGGCACGAGGAAGGCAGUGCACAGUGUUUUCUUCUUGUUAGUCCUGUUGCCUUUUAAGUGAACAACCCCCAGCGCCUUCAUAUUUAAUGUUAAAGAAAAAUAGAGAGUGACAGAAAACACUGAGAGCUUUCUAUUCUCCCUCCCUGUUUUUAGUGAAUAACGUACUGUGAUAUUUACGUAGGCUACAGAGAUCAUGUUGUUUGGCUGCUGAUUUACUGUUAAUACUAUCUCUCAGUUGUGGCUUUGCUCAUGGUGACCCUAAACACCCCACCCCCACCUCCUUUCCCACCCAUCAUAACCCCCCUCCGACUCCCUACAUUUAAAGGGACGCCAACCUUAGCUGUCCACCACCUUCGUAUGUACCACCAACCUUUUUCUAUCGUCACAAUGAACAUGUGGCUCUCCUCAGCUCUUCAUCUGAGAAACACUCGGCCAUCAUCCACAAUCUCACAUUGUAGACCCAUGUAUGACAUCUUCUCAGUCUGUUAGUGUGUGCUGUUUCAUGAAGCCCAACAGCGGGGGGGGGGGGGGGCAGUGUCAACCUGUCCCCUGCCGGGUGAGAAGCAGACACCCAUAUGGACACCAGGAGUCUGUCCUUGUCUUCUCCCUGGACGUUUCUCAUUGUGGUGUAUAUUAGCAUUAGAUAAUAUAGACCUCAAUGCACUUUGCUUUGACUUGAAUCAGCUCCUUCCAGUGUACCUGUACAGGUAAUACUGAGAAAUAGCCACUGGAGGGCGCCAAUGUCUUAAAUGUGAAACACUUCAAUUUGUGGAUAUUUGCACAGGUACUUUAUUUAUUUUUUAGAAUUAUAUCAUUUAAAAAAAACAGGAUUUAUAUCAGUCAGUUGGUGGCUGUAUAUAAUAUAUGAAUAUAGUAUAUAUCUUAGAGCUCAAGGUUUAUUUAUAGCUAGAGCAAGGGAAGUAAUUCUAGUUUAAAACAGAUUCUGUCAGUGACAAUGGGAAACAAAACCAACCUGCAAUCCUGCAUGACUUCAGAGUUUGGGUUUUAGGGGAAAAAAUUCAACAUGAUGCACACCUAGGAUUGGAAGCCUUGUGAAAUGCAGACACGGUUGUUUUAUAGACAUGAAUUAAUACGAGGAAAUGAUGCUAAAUGUAGCACCUGGCCCUUCCCCGCUCACAAAAUCAAACAGGAAGGCUGUGGUGAAAUGCAGUGAUUUCACUCCACCUUGUUUGCUAGAGGAUAGGUUUAGUACACGAGAUGGGUUUCUGAAUUCUUACAAGUAUUGAGACAUGCCUUGAAAUGUAUCACGACGUACAUUGUAAAGAUACAAAUGUUCAGUUGUAGAUUCAGCAAGGACCCUUACAUUGGGAAUAAAUUGUGCCGUUUGCUUCUAUUCUAACUUGAAUUUAAACAGAUCCCAAUAAGUCCCUAAAAUGUUGAAAGCCCUGAGUUGCAUUCAAGCCAUAGAAAUGUCACAUCACUGUCUCCUGAUGGCAAAUAUGAACAGGUUGUUAGCGAAGACCUUCUUCAGAAAAUAUUGAAGUGAUGAUAGCUGAACAGCAAAUAUCUUAGUGUAAACGACUCAAUCUUAGUUUAAGAUGGACAAACAUUUUCUUAAGGUGGAAUCUACUGUGAAAAAUUCUUGAAAAUGUUGUUGAGUAAACGUGUGUGUACCUUCUCAGAGACAGUGUGUCCCUGGUCUGGUUUAGAUGGUGGAUGGUACAGUAUUAAGACCCCAGGGGGUGCAGUAUUUAACAUGCACUGUCAAUUCAAAACUGAUUUUGGAAACAGUUAAUGUUUUAUGCAAAAGGAAGAGACUGAAGAACACACACAGUUUGACCUGUAUGAGUAAUUUUACACUGCUCUGCUGUUUAAUUCCUCCCUUCAGAAACAAACUGUAAAGUUAGAUUGAGUGGUUGUGGUUUAUAAGGAAAACUUGGAGCUGAAGAUUAAUAAAAUUCACUGAU